AAGUUUCCUUACCACCGGAAUUCAACACGCCGUUAUUCAUCAGCCAUUUUUAUUUUUAGAAGCUGUUCGAAAAUAUAGCAUAGCAACAUAUCCUUCUACAUUUCAAGGAUUUAGGUCAAGUAUCGUCGCAGGGAGAAGCCUUGCAGACAUGUCUGACUUCAUCGAUAGCGAGGCUGAGGAGUCGGAGGAGGAGUUUGAAGAGAAAGACCUGAAGCCUAAAAAGACCCAGGCGUUUAUGGAUGAUGAGGAAGAGGAGGAAGAGUUAAACACAGAGGACCAGGAUGAGCACGGGAACCUGAUGGGGCUCAUCGACGAUGAUGUGGAUGAAGAUGAGGAAGAGGAAGAGAAGAAAAGCGGAGGAGCGGGCAGCGGCAGCGACUCAGAGGAUGAAGUCAGACACAGACGCAAGAAACGCAACUAUGACGACUACCUGGAUGAUGAUGAUCUGGACCUUAUUGAGGAGAACUUGGGAGUCAAAGUCAAGAGGAGGAAGAAGAAGUAUGACCGUGUGAAGACUAUGGAUGAUGAUGAAGAUGACGAGAAGGACCAGAUCGCAGACGAGAUCUUCCACAGAGGAGAUGACGAGGACGGAGAGGGGGAGCUGGAGGAGGGAGAGACAGUCGACCCGCCCCUACGUCGCCAUGGUGAACGCCUCGAUGAGGAAGAGGAAGAGGAGGGAGAGGAGGAGUCGGAUAUUGAUGACUUUAUCGUGGACGACGAUGGCCAACCUAUCACCAAGAGGAGAAGCAAGAAGUUCUCAGGAUACACGGACGCAGCCCUCCAGGAAGCUCAGGAGAUCUUCGGCGGCGACUUUGACUUUGCGGAGUUCGACGCCGACGGUGCUUAUGAACAGGGUGAGGAAGAGGAGGAGGACCAGGAUGAAGAGGGCUGGGACCGGCCCAAGAAGCCAACGAAGAGGAGAGUGGGGAGGAAGAGCAUCUUCGAGCUCUACGAGCCCAGCGAGCUGGAGAGUAGUCACAUGACUGACCAGGACAACGAGAUCCGCUCCACAGACAUGCCAGAGAGGUUCCAGCUGCGCUCCAUCCCAGUGAAGCCUGCUGAGGAUGAUGAGUUGGAGGAAGAGGCAGAGUGGAUCUACAGAAACGCUUUCUCAACCCCCACCAUCUCCAUGCAGGAGAGUACAGAUUACCUGGACAGAGGGUCCACAACUAACUUUAGCAGGAAGGGCCCCAGCACCAUCGCCAAGAUUAAGGAGGCCCUCAACUUCAUGAGGAAUCAGCAUUUUGAGGUUCCGUUCAUCGCAUUCUACAGGAAGGAGUACGUGGAACCGGAGCUCAACAUCAACGACCUGUGGAAGGUCUGGCAGUGGGACGAGAAGUGGUGCCAGCUGAAGAGCAGGAAGCAGAACCUGACACGUCUGUUCCGGAGGAUGCAGGGGUACCAGUAUGAGCAGAUCUCUGCCGACCCUGACAAGCCCCUGGCCGACGGCAUCAGACCCCUGGACACUGCUGAUAUGGAGAGACUGAAGGACGUCCAGUCCAUAGAUGAGCUGAGUGAUGUGUAUAGUCACUUCCUUCUGUACUAUGGCCGAGACAUCCCCAAGAUGCAGAACGCAGCCAAGGCCGCCAGCAAGAAGAAGAAGAAGAAGAAGAAGAAGAAGAUUGAGGUCAACGAGGAAGGUGAGGAGGAAGAGGUGGAGGAAGAGGUGGAGGAGGAGGAGGAAGAGAAGGGGCCUGACCUGAAGCUGGCAUCUCGUAGAGACAUGUACAGCAUCUGUCAGAGCGCCGGGCUCGAUGGCCUGGCUAAGAAGUUUGGUCUGACUCCAGAGCAGUUUGGAGAGAAUCUGAGGGACAGCUACCAGCGUCACGAGACAGAGCAGUUCCCUGCCGAGCCUGUAGAGUUGGCUAAAGACUACGUCUGCAGCCAGUUUAACAGCCCCGAGGCGGUGUUGGAGGGGACCCGUUAUAUGGUUGCGAUGCAGAUUGCCAGGGAGCCUCUGGUCAGACACGUCCUCAGACAGACGUUCCAGGAGAGAGCCAAGAUCAACAUCAAGCCCACCAAGAAGGGAAAGAAGGACAUGGACGAGGCCCACUUUGGCUACUCCUUCAAGUAUCUGAAGAACAAGCCGGUGAAGGAGCUGAACGGAGAACAGUUCUUAAAGAUGUGCCAGGCUGAGGAGGAGGGCCUUCUCACCAUAGACAUCUGCAUCGACCUCCUAGGGGUCAAAGGGGUUGCAGGUGACCAGACAUACUUUGAUGAGAUCAAGCAAUUUUACUACAGAGAUGAGUUCAGUCACCAGGUGCAGGAGUGGAACAGACAGAGGACCCUGGCCAUCGAACGCUCCCUCACACAGUUCCUCUACCCUCAGAUGGCCAAGGAACUCAAGAACAAACUCAUCGCGGAGGCCAAGGAAAACAUCAUCAAGUCGUGUUGCAGGAGGCUGUAUAACUGGUUGAAGGUGGCUCCCUACAGACCAGACCAGCAGGCAGAGGAGGAGGAUGAUGAUCUGAUGGAUGAGAGUCAAGGAAAAGGCAUCAGAGUCCUGGGAGUGGCCUUCGCAGACGGCAGAGACACGCCAGUGUUCUGUUCACUGAUCAACGGCGAGGGAGAGGUGGUGGACUUCCUCCGUCUGCCCUACUUCCUGAAGAGGAGGAACGCAUGGAAGGAGGACGAGAGAGACAAAAAGCUCCAGGACAUUGAGAACCUGAAGAAGUUCCUGACCAGUAAGAAGCCUCACGUGGUGGCUGUUGCCGGGGAGAAUAGGGACGCCCACAUGAUAAUGGAGGACAUUAAGAGGACAGUGAGUGAGUUGGAACAGGAGUCUUCUCUGCCUGCUGUGGGAGUGGAGCUGGUAGACAACGAACUGUCCAUGCUCUAUAUGAACAGUACCAAAUCUCAGACUGACUUCCGUGACUACCCUCCCCUGCUGCGCCAGGCGGUGUCCGUAGCCAGGAAGAUUCAGGAUCCUCUUGUGGAGUACGCUCAGGUCUGCAGCUCCGACGAAGACAUCCUCUGCCUCAAACUACACCCUCUACAGGAGCAUGUAGUGAAAGAAGACCUGCUGAGUGCUCUGUACUGUGAGUUUAUAAACCGGGUCAACGAGGUGGGGGUGGAUGUGAACAGAGCCAUCUCUCACCCCUACACACAGAGCCUGGUUCAGUUCGUCUGUGGCCUCGGACUCAGGAAGGGAUCCCAUCUGCUCAAGAUUCUGAAGCAGAACAACACUCGUCUGGAGAACAGGACUCAGCUGGUCACCAUGUGUCACAUGGGCCCCAAGGUCUUCAUCAACUGUGCCGGCUUCAUCAAGAUAGACACCGCCUCUCUCGGUGACAGUACUGACUCAUACAUCGAGGUUCUGGACGGUUCCCGGGUGCACCCGGAGACAUAUGAGUGGGCCAGAAAGAUGGCGGUGGACGCUCUGGAAUACGACGAGUCAGCGGAGGAUGCCAACCCGGCCGGAGCGCUGGAGGAAAUCCUGGAAAACCCGGAGCGUCUCAAAGACCUGGACCUGGACGCCUUUGCUGAGGAGCUGGAGAGACAGGGUUACGGUAACAAGGGCAUCACCCUGUAUGAUAUCCGUGCUGAGUUGAGCUGCCGGUAUAAGGACCUGAGAGUUCCCUACAGAGCUCCUAACACCGAGGAGGUGUUUAACCUGCUCACCAAGGAGACACCAGAGACCUUCUAUAUAGGUAAGCUGAUCACCAGUGUUGUGACUGGUAUAGCUCACCGGCGCCCCCAGGGGGAGAGUUAUGACCAGGCCAUCAGGAACGACGCUACAGGUCUGUGGCAGUGCCCCUUCUGUCAACAGGACAACUUCCCUGAACUCAGCGAGGUGUGGAACCAUUUUGACAGUGGUUCGUGUCCUGGCCAGGCUAUAGGUGUGAGGGCUCGGAUGGACAACGGUGUCCAGGGCUUCAUCCCCACCAAGUUCCUCAGUGACAAGGUGGUCAAACACCCUGAGGAGAGGGUGAAGGUGGGUAUGACGGUACACUGUCGCAUCAUGAAGAUUGACAUUGAGAAGUUCAACGUGGACCUGACGUGUCGUACGUCUGACCUGAUGGAUAAGAACAACGAGUGGAAGCUCCCUAAAGACAGUUACUACGACUUUGACACGGAGACAGAGGACACCAAGACAGAGGAGGAACGCAAGAAGAAACAGCAGAGAACUACCUAUAUAAAACGUGUGAUUGCCCACCCAUCCUUCCACAACAUCAACUUCAAGCAGGCUGAGAAGAUGAUGGAGUCCAUGGACCAGGGAGAUGUUGUUAUCAGGCCAAGCAGCAAGGGAGAGAACCACCUUACUGUCACCUGGAAGGUAGCUGACGGCAUCUACCAGCACGUUGACGUGAGAGAGGAGGGCAAGGAGAACGCCUUCAGCCUGGGACACACACUCUGGAUCAACACUGAGGAGUUUGAGGAUCUUGAUGAGAUCACAGCUCGUUAUAUUCAGCCAAUGGCAGCGUUCGCUCGUGACCUGCUGGGACACAAGUACUUCCAGGACUGUAACGGAGGGGACAGGAAGAAAAUGGAGGAGUUGUUGAUCAGGUCUAAGAAGGAGAAGCCUACGUUCAUCCCCUACUUUGUCUCAGCCUGUAAAGACCUGCCAGGGAAGUUCAUACUGGGAUACCAGCCUCGUGGCAAACCACGUGUUGAGUAUGUGACCAUCUCUCCUGACGGCUUCCGGUACCGCUCCCAGAUGUUCCCCACCGUUAACGGACUCUUCCGCUGGUUCAAAGACCACUUCCAGGAACCGGUACCAGGCAUCACCCCCAGCAGUAGCAGUCGAACACGGACACCUGCCUCUGUCAACGCUACACCAGCUAACAUCAACAUCGCAGACCUGACGCGAGCGGUCAGCGCUCUCCCACGCAACAUGACCUCUCAGAUGUUCAGUGCCAUCGCCGCGGUGACGGGGCAGGGGCAGGGCCAGAACGCCAACACUACGCCUGCCCAGUGGAACUCCAGCCAAUACGGUUACACCGGGGGCAGCAGUGGGGGCGGGGGAGGCAGCUCCUCAGCCUAUCACGUGUUUGCGACGCCCCAACAGCCGAUGACGACACCCAUGAUGACCCCGAGCUACUCAUACACCACCCCCAGCCAGCAGACCAUGGGUACCCCGCAGUACCCCUCCUCCACCCCCCAGUCCUCCCACGGACACACACAGAGCAGCCACCAGGGCCACAGCAGCCACCAGGGCCACAGCAGUCACCAGGGACCCUCGUCUUCCUCCAGAGGACGCACUCCGCAGCAGCAGCCUAAGUCAAGCGACAGCACGACGGUGGACUGGGGCAAGGUGGCAGAGCAGUGGCUCCAGGAGAAAGAGGCAGAGAGGAAGAAGCAAAAGACCCCCAGGAUGACCCCGCGACCUUCCCCCAGCCCCAUGAUCCAGAGCACGCCUAUGUCAAUCGCUGGCGACGCCACGCCCCUUCUGGACGAGAUGGACCGAUAGGAGAGGCCGGGGGGGCGACUGUAUACCCCCCUCCCCAAAUAUUCCCCCCCUUCUCUCAACUCAUCCUUCAAUCCGCCUGCCUUUCCCCUCAGACCAGUCCCAUACCAUUCAGAUCCCCCUCUCUUCCCAGUCUACUAAACUAACCCUGCUCCCCCUCUUCUCCCUCUCCUCCCAGCCUACUAAACUAACCCUGCUCCCCCUCUCCUCCCAGCCUACUAAACUAACCCUGCUCCCCCUCUCCUCCCAGCCUACUAAACUAACCCUGCUCCCCCUCUUCUCCCAGCCUACUAAACUAACCCUGCUCCCCCUCUCCUCCCAGUCUACUAAACUAACCCUGCUCCCCCUCUCCUCCCAGCCUACUAAACUAACCCUGCUCCCCCUCUUCUCCCAGUCUACUAAACUAACCCUGCUCCCCCUCUCCUCCCAGUCUACUAAACUAACCCUGCUCCCCCUCUCCUCCCAGUCUACUAAACUAACCCUGCUCCCCCUCUCCUCCCAGUCUACUAAACUAACCCUGCUCCCCCUCUCCUCCCAGUCUACUAAACUAACCCUGCUCCCCCUCUCCUCCCAGUCUACUAAACUAACCCUGCUCCCCCUCUCCUCCCAGUCUACUAAACUAACCCUGCUCUCCCUCUUCUCCCAGUCUACUAAACUAACCCUGCUCCCCCUCUCCUCCCAGUCUACUAAACUAACCCUGCUCCCCCUCUUCUCCCUCUCCUCCCAGCCUACUAAACUAACCCAGCUCACCCUCUUCUCCCUCUUCUCCCAGUCUACUAAACUAACCCUGCUCCCCUCUUCUCCCAGUCUACUAAACUAACCCUGCUCCCCCUCUUCUUGUGUCCCAUUGGAUUCAGUUUCUAGCUACUGUGUAUCUAGCCAUGUUUCUCUCCCGGCACAUCUCUUCCCUUCUUCCGUCUAUCCCUCUCUCUUUCCUCACUCUAUUUUUGCCGGCCACAUAGUCCAGUAUUUUAUUUAGUUAAGGAUAUUAACUCUGUAUGUCAGGCAGGCAGAAAUGUCGAUACAGACCACCAAACACUUGAAACAAACCGCUGACAUAGAUGUAAUAGGACAUGGACCUAAUGGAGAAAUGAUUGUUUGGUUGUCAUGACAACCGUUGUCCUUUUCUUUUAAUAACAUGGGGUAUGCUGUACUUUCUUUUUCCUGUUUGAUUUAUUUUUUUUAUCUAUAAAAAGAUUAGGAGAUGCUGCCGAAAGCAUCUGAUUGGUUCGAUGGUUGUCUCCUGCCGUGGUAGGUUGGAAAUGUAAUGUCCCUUUGGCUGCAUAGACCCGCCCCUUGCCCUCCUGGUGAUUGGCGGGUUGUGGCGAGACGCAGCCUAACGAGCGUUUUUUCUGAGCCAAUCAGGAAACUUGUCUGCGUUUUUGUAUUGAUGCAUCAAAAUGAAUAAAGACACUGUUUUCAGUAUGAACCCUGA